AUGGCCGAGCCACAGCAAUCACUUUAUGAAACUAUCACUCGAAAUGACAUUGAGUCUGUGAGAAUUCAACUGGCAAACAAUGUCAAUCCAAAUGUCUUCCCAAAUAAUCCGACAAUUACACCACUCAUUUUAGCUGUGAGGCUAAGGUUCCAUGACAUCGCAAAUGAACUAUUGAUGAAUGGAGCAGAUGUGAAUGGGGUUGAUGAAUUUGGACGGACUGCGUUGCAUGUUGCAGUGGACAAUAAUGAUAAGGCUUCCGUCUCUAUUCUUAUUUCACAUAAUUGCAAUUUAGAAAAAUAUGACAUCUUCGAUUUUACUCCUCUUACUUUGGCUGUGGAUAGAAAUAACAUUCAAAUGGUUCGCUAUUUGGUUGCACAGGGAGCAAUGGUUUAUAAAUAUUUUGAAGGACCCGAAAUCCUACCGAUUCUUUAUGCUGCAUUCGCCAACCGGUUGGAUAUCCUUCAAUUCUUGGUGAAUGUGGAAGAGACAGAUAGAGAAAAGAAGAAAAUGAACAUGAACUUUGCACUCUGCUUGGCCAUCAAUAAUGACCACAACGAGACAGCAAAAUGCUUAAUUGAUAACGGUGCUCCAAUAAAUCGUAGGCAAGGGAAUCGUUUAACCCCUUUGGAAUCUGCCAUUAUAAGAAGAAAUGAUUACAUGGUCUCAUAUCUUCUUUCUCGCAAUGCCUCGGUUAGCGAUACAAACCGCCAUGGCUUCACUCCACUUAUGACGUCUAUCAUUUAUAACAACCCUUCUGCAGCAGCAUUGCUACUUUGUUAUGGUGCUGACCCGGAUGCGCUGGCAACUAGCUUUAGAUCAACAGGAGAACAGGUCGCAAUGAAUAUGAGGAGGGUGGAAAUUGCCCAAAUAAUUUCAACGUGGAAAAACGAGUUCAUGUCAUCAAUGUUUAAAUCGUGA